CAAUCCCGCUUCAUAGUGCAGUCUGCUAUCGUAGUAGGUGCGCGUGCGUUCAAAACAUAUUAAAGCGGGAAAAUACAAUUGUUUUCAGGACCGGUGUUGGUUGAUACGAAACUGGAAUAAAUAAUGCUGUAAAGAGUUAUAUACAUCUAAACUUGAUUAUGCAUUGUAAAACAGACCGGCAGAACGGGUGCCGUAAUAUUUCUCAAUACAGUCGAACCUGAUCGAAGCAAUUGAAAAACAAAAAUUAUAAAAAGGACACAGAAAAGUCGGUGUAGCCAUUCCAUCGAUGACCUUAGUUGAUUCUGGCGCAAUACAACUCGCAAUCACCUUACACACUAACAGAAGUACCUACCAAACAGCAAUAUAAAAAAAUAGAAGAUGUCUCCUUACCUGGUCCUCGGAAUUAUAGUUGUCGUCGCAUUAGCCGCAGCACAACCACCAUUAGCAAAUGAAUCGAUCGGAAAAGACCGUUUAAUUAGACAAUCCUUAUUAAAAAGUGGGAAGAAUGUCGCAAUUAAGCCUAAAUGGGGUUUCUUUGGUACAGUAUUUAAUCUUAUUUUAGAGCAAAUUAAUGAUACAAAGAGCGCUUACAACCAAGUUUCGGAAUUAGUGAGCAAUCAAUUCGUUGAUGAUAACGCUAUCACAACACAAGCUCCAAAUAAUGGUUCUACAGCAGCUCCCAAAAUUACAAGAAAGGAAUUUUUGAACAUUUUAGACCGAAACCUGAAGGGUUUAGCCCGUUUACGAAAUUUAGAAUGGCGAGAAGCGAAAAAGGAUUCCCGGUCCAAUUUACAAGGAUACUGGAAUGAACUCUUUGCAGAAAAGAAAUCUAGAAGAUAGAAGACCUAAACUACAUUAAUUAAUUGCAAUCAUAAAAACGCAUAAACUUUUUGCUCUUUA